AUGAACGAGUCAUUGUUUGAUACACAUGACAUGAAAGCUGAAGAGAAACACAUUGAAGACGAACUGGUCGCAAGCAUUCUGGACAAGAUUGACAGUAUGGUAGAUGAAAAGACAAAUCCAAAUGUUGACGACUAUAUCUCCAAAUUCUUGGAGAUGUCUGAGGAUGCUCGGGCUGACGAUCAAAAGGAAAAACAAAUGACAUUGAAAGAGGGUCUCAAGACGUUCCCCAAGGCUAUUGCAUGGUCGCUCAUUUUAUCCACUGCUUUGAUUAUGGAAGGGUACGACACGUGUCUAUUGGCUAGCUUCUAUGCUUUUGACGGGUUCAAAAAGCAAUUUGGUGACUAUUACCCUGAGCUUGGUGAGUAUCAGAUUCCAGCAAAGUGGCAAACUGGUUUGUCAAAUAGUUACUAUUGUGGUCAGUUGAUUGGUUUAUGGUUGGCUAGUAUAUUUGCCGAUAGAAUUGGAUACAGAAAGACAUUGAUGCCGGCAUUGGCCAUGUGUGUUGGAUUGAUCUUUAUUCAGUUCUUUGCUCCCACCCGUGAAGUUUUGCUUGUGUCAUAUGUCUUGUUGGGUAUAAAUUGGGGCUCUUAUCAAACAAUCACCGUCACAUACGCUUCAGAGAUUGCCCCAGCUAGUUUGCGAGUGUACUUGACAACUUAUGUGAAUUUAUGUUGGGUGAUUGGUCAAUUGAUUUCUGCUGGGGUUAUUAAAGGCAUCUCAACAAUGACUGACAAGUACUCAUACCGUAUUGCCUACGGUAUCCAAUGGGUCUGGCCGAUUCCCAUCUUGAUUGGUGUUUACCUAGCACCAGAGUCGCCAUACUUCCUUGUGAGAAAGGGCAAAAUACAAGAGGCCAAGCAUUCGUUGUCGAGGCUUUUGACGACAAACUCCUACUUGCCAGACAAAAGCGUGGUUGUGGAAAGCAUGGUUAGCAAGAUACAGUUGAUUGUCAAAGAAGAAGACGCUGUUGGUGAAGGAUCAACAUUUAAGGAUUGCUUCAAGGGACCUAAUUUUCGAAGAACAAGAAUCGCAGCACUUACUUGGUUAUUUCAGAAUAUCACAGGGUCAACAUUGAUGGGUUACUCGACUUACUUUUAUGAACAAGCUGGCUUGGACUCUUCAAACGCAUUCACAUUUUCAAUCAUCCAGUAUUGUUUGGGUGUUAUUGGUACAGUUGCUUCUUGGACACUUUCACAAAAGCUUGGAAGGUUUUCAAUAUACUUUGGUGGUUUGUGCAUUAUGGCUGUGCUUCUUUUGAUCACUGGUGGCUUGGGAUGCUCUUCGUCAUCGGGUGCAAGUUGGGGAGCAGGAUCCAUGUUGCUAGUCUACACCUUGGUCUAUGAUUCUACUGUAGGGCCCAUGUGCUUUUGCAUUGUCCCGGAAAUACCCUCGGCCAAGUUGAGACAAAAGACAGUGAUGUUGUCAAGGAUGGUGUACAACAUUUCUGGAAUUGUUGUCAAUGUUAUCACCAACUACAUGUUGAACCCAUCGUCUUGGGGCUGGGGUGCUAAAAGUGGAUUCCUCUGGGGUGGUUUUGCCAUUUGUGCCGCUACAUGGGCCUGGUUUGAGCUACCGGAAACCAAGGGUAGAACAUUUGCUGAAUUGGACAAGUUAUUUGAGCAAGUUGUACCUGCAAGACAGUUCAAGCAUACAAUCCCCAGAACCUUUGAUGCGGGUGAAAUGAUGGAGAAAUUGGGUGAUCAUGGAAUCAAAAACAUCGUCAACGAAAGGGAACAUCGUGAGUAUGCUGAUGAUGAAUCAAUGUGA